GGAAGUUGGAACCGCCGUCCCCAUCAACGUAUGCAUUAGAAUUUAGAAAAAAGAAAAAAACUAUUAGAAACACAUGGUUUUGAGAAAGAUUAUGGAGAAAAAUGAGUAACAAAUCAUCUAAUGAAUUUACUGGUGUAGAUUCAUUUUUAGUGGAAACCAUGCAAGAGGAUUAUGAUGUGGAGUCUUCAUCGGAAGUCCACCAAGAAUAUGAAGAAGGAGAAGUAUUACAGGAUGCUGAACUGGUAUGUGUAAAUCAAGAAGAUAUGGAUAGGAUUGAUGCUGCUGAAGAAGAGGCUGCCGAUAAUGAAUUUUCCUCACCCAACUAUUCACACCAGAAAGCCAAAAGAAAAGACCUUCUUAGAUACCACAUUGUUUCAUGUCAAGAAGAAUUAGAUGAACUGCGAAACCAGAGUGCCAAUGAAGAUAUGUUAAUAGAUCCUAAAGAUAAACUACAUCUCGUUAAAUAUGUGAAAAUUGAAGGGAGAAUAUUGAAGCUCUGGGAGUGUGGAAUAUGUGCCAAAGAUUUCCGUCAUCAGUAUACUCUAAUGCGACACCUUCCGACACAUACUGACGAAAGAAAAUUUGUAUGCGAUGUGUGUGAUAAAGCGUUUCGUCAGAUGAGCACACUGUCGCAGCAUCGCGCCAUUCACUCAAACGCCCGGCCUUAUGUCUGUGAAGUUUGCCAGAAAACAUUUAAUCGAGUUUCCACUUUAAUUUCUCACCGACGGACACACUUUGACGAUAAACCACAUAAGUGCCAUGUAUGUGGCAAAGGAUUUCACCAAAAAGGCAACUUGAAGAACCAUCUUUUUUCUCAUUCUAACGAACGACCUUAUCGGUGUGAAAUCUGCGGUCGUGGUUUCAAUCAAAUGUCAAACCUAGUGGUGCACAAGAUGAAACUUCACGGUCAGGCAAGUCCAGCAGAUGGAUCGACACGGACAGCCCAAUCUGACAAGUUUUCCUGCAAAUUGUGCAAUGAAAAAUUUUCAAAGAAAACAUUGCUGACUUCACACGAAGAGGAAACGCACAAUUUAAUUAAACCUAGAUCUUCUACCAGUCGUAGAGCUCGUCUUCCCAGUUCAAAUCGAAAGCCAGUUCAAGUAGCAGUAGCAUCCGAAUCAGUCACAAUAAAAUCGCCCGGUGUUACAAAUUCAAGUUCAAAAGUAGUCCACUCCAAGAAUGAAAACGGAAGUACAGCGGGACUUUUGAUUGACGCAAUUCAAACUCCAAGUAUGCAUGAAGCAAGAAUUACAAACCAAACUGCGUUUGCUCUGCUCAAAUCCAUAGAUGGAACCCCGUCUUUGGUGAAAAUUUUUGAUCUUCCCAAUAACAAACAAUUAUUGAUAUCCGCAACGUCCGAAGAUUUAGCUGAAUCUGCUCAAAAGUCAGCUCAAGUUGAUCCUUCCUGUAAACCAAGUCAAGUCAAGGUUGCAGUGGUGGCAACGGUAUCUCAGCAUAUGGAUGAAGACGGUCAACUAGUUGUACGCAUCGAAUCCAUUGACGUGGACCAAAAAGUAUUGGAUUCUAUUGAAACUCCGUGUCGCCAGGAGAACGCUGUUGAAAUUUCUUCAUUCAGGAAUGAAGUCGCAAAUGCGUCUGAAGUAACUUCAGACUUAGAAAACGAGCAAGUUCAUUUUGUGCGACCUCUUCCCGAUGGAGGAUUCGAAAUAGUUGCGGACACGGAAGCGGCUAAUUUUCUUGAGAUUGUUGAAGAGGACAGUUCGCGUUCAUGUGACGCUAGCAAUAACAGCAGCAUGAUGGACUCUGCUCAAAUCAUUAUCACACAAGAUGAAGAUGGCCACCUUAUGCUUGAGGGAACACCCCUUCAAUACCUACUUGAAGCUAACAACCAGCAACAGCUUCAAUUUGUCCUGAACAACAGCAAGAGAAAAUGAUUUAGAGUGAAUUUAGAUUUGUAUAUUACAUCUGUUCAGCAACUGCAAGUGUACAUGGCUUUGUAGAGUUAACAAGAAAGAGUUCACAGUCAUCUUCA